AUGCUUCUAGUUAAGUGUUUGACUUGGUUUCCUCUUUUUCUGGGCCAGGUUAUAUCCCGGCUGGAAGAUUCAAAUCCAGUCCCUCGGCCACCGAUAGACUUUGCUUCACUUUCUAAUCCAAGUAAUACUACUCAGGAUAAUACAUGUAAUAGCUGCAGUAACUCUACUACUAAUUCCGAUAACUCCAAUAAUUCCGAUGGUUCUACUUCUCUUCCAUUUCCUGAUGCCAAUCUUCUCUCUUCCUUUCUAACUAACUGCGGCAAUUAUUUCGGAGUAGCUCUAGCAACCUCUUCCAUUCUUGACAAUGCUGCCGCCUUCUUUCCUAAAACCAACUACCCCGAGUCUACAGAUCCAUCCAGUAACCCUAAAACCCCCCAUAAUCCCAACGAUCCCAAUAGCACUCCCUCCUACUUUCCCACCCUCUACAACUACCUAAUCCAAUACGAGAACAUCGGUCUAAAGCACUUAUUUAUUCCAGACCCAACUCAACCCAAUUCAACUAACCCAAACUCAACUCCACCAAACUCAACUUCAUCAAACUCAACUUCACCUAACUCAACUCUACCCAACUCAACGACACCCACUGGUAUUUUCCCUACUGAAUAUUCCCGCCUUGUUUUCUCUUGUUUAAUAGGCAUUGGCUAUACCUUAUUUAUUUGGGGUGAUAAUCUCCGCCACUUCAAUCUAACUCUACUUAUCUUUGUUUAUCUUUUUACCUUUAUCUUCAACUCUCUCCAACAAACUACGUAUCUUACUACGCCUCUUCUAUCUAUACCCAUUACUAGUUCUUCCCCAACCAAACCCCAGCCACUCAAUCUUCCCAAUUCCACAUCAAUCCCAGUCCAACCUUUCUUCUUCCAAUUUCUCCAUUCUACUCCCGGUAAAAUCAUUCUUUCCCUCCUUCUUUGUGGUCUUAUUAGUUUCCUACUUAUCUAUUUAGUCCAACUCUUUUUCAAAACUUCUAUUCUAAUCGGUCUCGGCUGGUUCUUUUUCUUUGGCCCUGGCCGCUAUCUUAUUCAAACCACCAAUACAUCCGUAUCUCUAGCCGCUCUAGUUGCCCUCUGUAUUUUCUCCACUCUUUGUCUACGCUAUCUAGAAAAGCGUCUAGAAGCCUUUGUCUUCCGUAUUUUCUUUGGUUUCUUUGGCACUACUAUUCUCUUCUUCGCCAGUGCGCAAAUCCUCAGCAUACCUUUCCAUCUCCCAGCCAUUCUUCUCAACUUCCCAACUCCCACUCCACCCGAGCAACCUACAGCCGAGUUCUGCACUCUCCUUCUAGCCACAACCAUUUCCAUCCACAUCCAAUCCAUCCAACUCUACAAAGUCAACUAUCCCUACCCACCACCCUAA